UAAUUAAUGGUCCCCCUCCACCCACUAUUCCUUUGCAUUAUCUACUCCCACGUCAAUCCUGAGUAGAAAAAUCACCCCCCCCCCCAUAUUCCUCCGACUCAGAAUUCGCAUUCGUGUCGUCCUUAACCACUCAAGAGAGUAGAUACGGUUCUUGUGAGAAUUAGUCUACCUAAUGAAUUCCCUGUUUGGGAGGCUUUCAAGAGGGGAACUAUCGCAUAAAGAAGAGAUUUGGUAACGUGAUUGGUUGUGUGCUGUAUCUCUGCUUCUUUAUCUUACGUUUUGCUGCUUAUUAUAAUACUUUCCUUUGUGCAAUCUUAUUCAUUCUCUCCCAACCCCCUUCAAAAAUAUUAAUUCUCUCAAUUUCUUUUCUCGCGCAGUGGUAGUAAGUAAGCGAGGUGUUGGGAUGCAAAAAAGGAGAUAAUCUACCAGUUGUGUCUAUUAGAGUCCUUUUAUAUUUCUCACUUUUUGUUCUUGACUGCUCGAUUAAAACAACAGCCAACAUACCAACCAAAAAACGCUUGUGAAAUUUCAUUUCAAGUCUUCAAGUAUCCUUUCUCCACAACGAAUAAAGACAAAUGAAGUGACGGAAAAAGCUUUAAUUAGUCUCUCUAUAGACGCCAACACAUUCCUUUGUUACAUAUCAGCUUGAAAGUGAAGAGAGUUUCCUGAAAGUGAAGAUGGCAAUUUAUUGAGUAAUAUCCUGUGAAAUAUCAUUCCAUUUAUGUUCUACAAAGAACAUUUUAUGUGCCUUAGUUAUUUUUUUAACUUUUAGUUCACCUGUUGCCCAAAUAUUCUCUUCCCACUCAGAGAGGCGAUGGCUGUGAACUAAGACUAUUUCACACAGGUAGCUUACAAUUGCAUUUUGUUACUAAUGAAAUAAUUAUUACAUCACAGCACAACUUUGACUCCGGAAAGACAGUAAUUGAACGUAUUACAGUCGGCUGCGUUUUGUUAUUCCCCAGAGAUUAAAUCAGCCUACUUUGCCUACGGUGAUAUUUUGACCACAUUUUACUUCGUUACAAUGGGAAACAAAAAGAUUGACAAGACGCUCAUUUUCAAUUCGAAGGUUGGAAUGCAUUUGGCUAACAUGGAGAAGCUGAGUGGGAGUGUGAAGGCCACCAACACUGACGAAAACUUGGACCAGAUCAGAGUGCUGGCUGCCAAAAUACACCACCUCAUUAGCACAAAUGAGAAGUCCAAGCAGGACUGCAUGACGAAAGCUGUCGGUGGAGUGGCAAUCAUCAUACAAACACUUCAGAACUGCACAGAUCAGAAUGUGUGUGAACAGCUAGUGAAAAGCGUGACUGAGUUGUCCCAUAACAUGAAAAGAGCGAAGGACUUGGUCGCUAUGGGCAUGAUCCCGCCUGUGCUCUCAUGUCUCACCAGGACUUUCAACAGCAACUCCAGUUCGCAGGCACUACUUGUGGCCAUACAUGAGUUACUGGCUAAAUUGGGACCCAAAGACAAACGCUUCAGCACACGCUUCCGUCUGUCGGGGGCACUGGGGGUGAAUCUGUGUCUAGUGCGCAACUGCUCGGUCAACAGUUCACAACUCUCCUCUUAUCUGGUGGUGCUGCGGAUAGUCUCCGCCAAUUGCGCAGAUGAAACACAAUCGGCUAUAAAUUGUCAGCAACUGGGACGUAGUGGCGCCAUCAGCUGUGUCAUUCGUCUGGCAGCUGCGGCUGGGAAAAAGCACCCCCUCAUCAUUAGACAGGCUCUGGACAUCCUGACCAACUUGGCCAGAACGAGAGCCAACGUGAACAGAAUGAUUGGCUUCAGCGGGGUUCCCAUCAUGAUCACAAUUCAUUCCGAGUGGCACUCGACGGAUCUGAGAAACAAGCAGUUGACUUUGAGGAAACAGGCACUGACCUUGCUGAAGAUGAUGUCGAACCAUAAGACUGGAAGGAAAGCGCUUCAGGCUCUCGAUGGCCUCAGGAUUCUCUACGCCACAUCUUUUUCAUCCUUAGGAAACGCUGACUUAGAGCCUCUAAUUCAGCUGGCAGUUUAUAUCAUCAGACGGUGUGUGCCGCGACAGACGCUGCCUCUGAGUAAUCUCUUUUCUGCCUACCACUACAAACUGCCCAAUCAGUCCGAGUCAGCCGAGAGAGCUCUGGAAGAACCAUCACGAGAAACAGAUUUCGAAGAUGACGAUGAUGAUCUGGAUCUGACCGAAGAUGAGAACGCCAUUUCGUUCGUGCCUGCUACUGACGUAGAUCCCGACCUUUUUCUUGACGACGAAGACAAUCCGGAUCAAAUUCAAGGGCCACCCAAUGGCGAGUCCACUUCGGCUCCUCCGAACUCGAACAACGCACCUGAUCAACAGCCGAAUAACAAUGACCUUGACGAUGAAGAUGACGAAAAGGAAGCGGACGAGUAUUUUAGUGAUAAAGUGACCACGAGGUCACGCGAGGACCUCGAGAAUUGUUACAGUACGUUUUGCGAAGAAGCAGUAGGCUGGAUGUUGAAGCGAGCUAGAGAAGAGGUUUCCAGUCACAGUAAAAACCAGAGCGUAUGUUUUGACUGGUCCUCGGAUACGUUUGGAAGUUCAAAAACUGACAUUCAGCACAGCGAGGAGAUCACAGGCGGUGUGUUUAAGUCACUGUUCGCACGGGGCUCCACCCAAUCGGCCACUUUAAUUUCGACUGAAGAGGUGGUUUUGAAAGAACAGUAUGAAGUGUUGAAUAACUUGAACUUCACGAAAACAGAAGGCGUUUCGCUUGUUGGAAAAAAGAACAAUCGAUGUCAAUCAGAGCUUGGAACGGGCAAGAUUUCAGGAACGAAAAAACGAAGUCUGAACAAUACUUCGGUAUUAGGUUCAAGUAGUCAGUCAAAUAUGGGAUCCCUCAGUAGCUCUAGUUUCGCAUCAUCGUCGUUUUUGACUAGAUCGCUGCCCAAACUACCCAUAAACUCCCAUCAAAUGGCCCUUAGAGACCGACUCAUUAAGUCGACUAAAAAGACAUUACUUAAAUCGAAAUCGACAACAUCUUGCACCGACGGGUUCUCGUUCGGGUCUCAACUAGCACGACAUACGUCGACUUUAGGAGUUGCAGAUAACGGAAUAAAGUCAUCGUCGACAGAGAGUUCAUCGUCUAGUUCUUGGUACCCUUAUAUGAAUUACCCCAGCCCCGGUGGGUUUAAAAGUCAAUCAAAUACGGUCAGUAGUUCUCCGAGAUUCGAAAGAGAAGAGACGAGACCAAAAAUAGACAGCGCAGAGUUGCCUACACCGUACGAUGCGCCACAUAGAUACGCCAGUAUGGCUUGGAAUGCUUUAAGUGCGGUGCAGUUCCAGAAAGUUCCGAUUCCAGAAGCAUACGGUCAUCUUAGAUCGAAUGUAGUGGAAUAUUACAAAGAGGAAAAACCAGUGAUUGCUAGAUACAAAAUGUUUGAAGAUUUUGAGCGGUUUUUGUUCCCACAGUCAUUGAUUCAAGCUACAGUUUAUGACCUGGAGGAGCAGGUGGUUUCUGGGGGCAACGGCAGAAAACACGUAGAUUACUCCAGCAAGGUUCCCACAUUAGUGUUCUCGUCGGUGUUCGAGUGUGGCAACCUGAGAAAGGCGACUCAAGUGCGAGAGAGGGAGUACGACCUAGUGCUCAACACAGACACCAACUCGAGGUCAUUCACGCAGUGGUUCUACUUCGAAGUGGCCAACAUGCGAGCAAAUGUCGAGUACAGAUUCAAUAUUGUGAAUCUCGAAAAACCAAACAGUCAGUUCAAUUUCGGCAUGCAGCCCUUGACCUACUCUGUGCAAGACAUGCUAGACACUGGAAUUGGGCGCUGGCAGAGAUCUGGCUUCUCAAUCGGCUACUAUAAGAACCAGUUUAUCCGCAACGCAUCUGUCACCGGGGGCAAAAAAGGCUGCACGUACUACACACUCACCUUCUCUUUGCAGUUUCAGCAUUCGGAUGACAUUGUCUACAUCGCAUAUCACUAUCCUUUCUCAUACACAAUGAUGCAGGUGCACUUGGACAAGUUGGAGCGGCAAGCUGCUCAGAGAGGUGACAUCUACUUCAGACGACAGAGUCUGUGUCGCAGCAUAGCUGGCAACGACUGUCCACUACUCACAAUCACAGCCGCGAUUCCACAACACAACAAUAGUAACAAUAAUGGUAACAGCAGAAAUGGGAGUGGUGGUAGUAGUGGCAGUGGGAGUAAUAACCACGUGGGUCCAACUUGUCAGACUAGCGUGGACGAUGACGCACUGGCGAAUGUAUACAGCAACAUGCCAGUGAUCUUCCUGUCGUCUCGGGUGCACCCGGGUGAGAGCAACUCAAGCUGGGUGAUGGCAGGAACCCUGAACUACCUUCUAAGCGAAGAGGCCAGACCACUGCGCGAAUUGUACAUAUUCAAAAUAGUGCCCAUGCUCAACCCAGACGGGGUGAUCAAUGGAAAUUACAGGUGCUCGCUUACUGGACAGGAUUUGAACAGGGUCUGGUUGAACCCUUCUGCAGAGUUGCAUCCCACAAUUUAUCACACAAAGGGAUUGCUGCAGUAUCUGUCAGUGACUGGACGCAAGCCAUUUAUCUAUUGUGACUAUCACGGCCACUCUCGAAGGAAGAACAUCUUCAUGUUUGGAUGUAGCAACUCUUUAAGUUGGUACCCUGCUGACCUGCAGAAGGCAGAAAACGAGGACCAGGGCUACAAGGCGCUUCCGAAGCUGCUCUCGUAUAGUGCCCCCAGCUUCUGCCUGAUGAACUGCUGCAACAGUGUGGAGAAGGUGAAGGAGACGACUGCGCGCGUGGUUGUGUGGAGACACCUGCAAGUACUCAGGAGCUACACCAUGGAGAGCACUUUCAGUGGAUUCGACCAGGGACCUUAUAAGGGCACUCAAAUUGGAACUCGUGAGCUGGUGGAAAUGGGUGCCAAGUUUGUGGAGUCAAUGUCGAAGAUCCGCCUCUUGAUAGGCGACUCGAAGCUGCCUCGGAUCCCGACCGUUCCUCUGUUUGCUUCUCUCUACUCCACCCCCUCACCCUCUGAGAGGGGAAGUGGCAAUUUCCUCACCCAGUUGUCAGAGGAGAAUAUACUGGAUGCUGUUUCAUUGUCAUUCGAUACCUUGUCGGGCCCUGUACCUGAGGACAGCAGGUCGCAUUUGUUGACGCACGUGUUGAAGAACACGGAACUGGAUGGAAGAACGAAUGCAAGAGCAAAGAGUAGCAUCGAUUCUCGAGAGAGAAGGGAAGGAUUCUUUCUUGGAAAUUAUGGGAUACCCAUCCAAAGUCACCUUCAGAGGAGCUGCAAAACAAGCAUGGGAACGGACAGACAACCACAGAAAGAGACCGAACGAAGACUAGAGUCGGAUUUGGAGCGACUCAAAUCAGCACUGAGAAAACAACCAUCUUCGAGUUCAGCAGACGAAGCGACGAGACCCAAAUCACAUGCAUUUAACCUUAGACCGACAGUAGAUCAGAAAUUGAUCAUAGACCGCCAUCAUAUGCCGAAUUGCAGCUCUAAUAACACUUCUGCUGCACUAAACAACCCUUCUACGCUAAUGAAUGACACCAAUGGUACGACAGCAAAAACGAGUUCAAAUGCGAGUAAUUCUAACCAUGGAAUCAGAUCGAGAAAUAGUAGUGGUAAUAGUGAUAUUGUCUACCCUCCUAUGAGUUUCUACGAGGAAUCGAUGGAUCCCGAGAACUAUUCACCUAUUCCUCCGGCUUUGCGGUUCGUUUCAGAGAUACAGUCACGUGACAUCAAAGGCAAUCCCCCGACUACUCAUGGUCUUCCAACAUAUCCGGUGAAGUCUACGUUUAAGUACACAUCUAAUGCUACGCCUGGUUCUAAUUUGUCCUCGAAGUCCAAGACAGAAUUGGGUGGAACUUCAGGUGCGAGACAGAGCUCGUCAUUGAUCGGGGCAGGGCAGGCGGAUGGCAAAAUGGACGAUGUCUCCGAAUCAGUGAAUUUCGACUCGAGAAGCGCAUCAAUGAGAUACCAGAAUACAAAACUUUAGCUUCCUGAAAGAUAUUUACUGAUGCUAAUGACAGUGCCGGGUACCGAUGCAAAUAUCAACUGAGGAAGGCUUUUCGAAAACCUGUUACUGCGGUUAACAAAUUUAAAAAUUGUUAUAAAUUUGAAAAUGGUCGGCUCCGUUGAAAUAGAAAUCUAAGGCAUGUAUGAUAUCAAAAUUGCAUUGUUAGCCGAACAAAAUGCUUGAAACUCUUUUCGUUUAAACAAGAUAAGAAGUGAUGCAUGCAUGGCACGAAUAUCUCACAAACACACUGUUUUCACAGGCUUUGCUGGUAGCAUCUUCCGAGAAAAAUUGUAAACGUUGUUAAAAGUGUUUAUACUGAAGUGAGGUUAAGUAGCCGAAUUUUGAUAAAAUAUGAAUUUUAGCUCACUUGUGUCUCAAUUGAUUUCAAUCACCAGACAUAUCGUUGUGGUUUAAAACUCGCUGAAAUUUAUUGGUCGCAUUUAUAUUUUUAUAAAUAGCUCUGCAAAUAUUUUCGUAUUCCUACUAUGCGUUUGUACAUCUGCUUCUUAGUAACAACAGCUGUUUUAGUUUCUCCAACUUCGAGUUUUUUAUGCAUCUUGUGUAAAUUUGUAAAUAAGUUUAAAAGUUGGCCGAAAGUUUUUCUAAUAUUCUUUUUUUUUUGCUUUCCCCUUUCUCUAACUACUACCCUAGGCCAAGCUGAAGUGCCAAAAUUAACUUUGUUUUGUUUCACUGUUCUCGCUGUGUUGACUUUCAUUGUGCUUUCAAUUCAAAUAUUCUAUAUGUGCUUCAGAGGUAACUGAUGUAAAUAAGAAGUGUUAGUUCUAAAUGCUUAAUAAAAUUUACCUUACCAUUUUU